GUUUCCAAUAUUAAAAACAAUUUUCAGUUUUUCCAAAAUGCAGAGAAACGGAGGGAAAGGCAGCCAAGGGGCUGAAAGGAAAAAUACAUCAAUUAUAAAUCUCUUUUCCGCUCUACGAGAGAAACAGCAGAAGAAAGUUGCUUGUCCUGUUUGCAGUACUCAGGUUCCGUACACAAACAUAAACAAACAUUUGGACACGGAGUGUACUACCGAGAUUAGUACAGACGAUGUCAAGAUUAUUCAAGAAAUCAAACUGUCUCCUGAUAUAUUAGAAAAUAAUGCCGGAAAGGACAGAGAAAACAUUAUGUAUGAAAAGAAUAAAAAUAUGGAUGAAAAGAAUAAAAAUAUGGACGAGAAGAAUAAAAAUAUGGACGAGAAGAAUAAAAAAAUUAUCGGAAAGAAUAAAAAGCGAAAAGCAGUAUCGCAAGCACAGCAAAUUAAACGACCCAGACAAGAUAGCGAAGAAUUUAGUGAUGAUGAUGCAUUUAUUAGUGCUGUAGACAAUGCCAAAGAUGUAGUUCAAGAAGGUUAA